UCGAAUUGAUAUGAUUCGAAUUACUAGGAAGCCAACAACUGAAUGAAGUUCGAAACAACUUGUUUCGAAUUACACCAAGAUAAUUCGAAUUAAGUUAAUUCGAAUUACUAGGAGAAGUGGCUAUUAGAGGGGUUCGAAUCAAGUUGAUUCGAAUUAGGUGAAAUUGGAGUUGCAUAGUAAUUCGAAUCAAGUUGAUUCGAAUUACAAGGGAUUCGGCUAUAAAAGGAGUUCGAGCCAACUUCAUUCGAAUCACUUUCUCAUUCUCCAACCCCACCAAAUCCCAGAGAAAAAGACCAACGUUCAGUACGAGUGCGACCAGAGCGGCUGUUUCUGUCGAUGGGGGACGAUCCGAGAAGGCUUUAUCGUUUGGAUGGAGUAGCUCAUAUCGCCGGUGUGAUCAACGACGAGCCUCGUCGUUGCAUAUCCAGUGUUAGGCGGCAACAGGGGAUGCGUCUUGAUGAGAGGUAUGUCCCGUACUUGCAGAUGGCGGGACUUUACCAUCUUGCGAGACUGAACGACAGAUGGUUCCGACUAGACGAGCCCCUAGUCAGCGCAUUCGUGGAGAGGUGGCGGCCUGAGACGCACACCUUCCACAUGCCGUUCGGAGAGUGCACUAUCACGCUUCAGGACGUCGCAUACCAGCUGGGGUUGCCAGUCGACGGAGACUAUGUUAGUGGUUGCCUUACGGACUUCCACCUUUACAUUGAGGGUGGGAGACCUGCUUGGCAGUGGUUCCAUGAGUUGCUCGGUGUUUUACCUCCGGAGAACCAGGUGCAGAAAUUCGCAGUCAACUGCACCUGGUUUCAGGAGACAUUCGCAGAGUGUCCAGAUGGGGCAGAUGAAGAGACAGUUAGGCGAUUUGCCCGGGCCUACAUCAUGAUGUUAUUGGGUACGCAGCUGUUUGCCGACAAGUCCGGCAAUCGUAUACACAUCAGAUGGCUACCGUAUGUUGCUCGGCUUGAGGAGAUGGGUCGCUACAGUUGGGCGUCGGCGGCACUAGCAUGGCUGUACAGGUGCAUGUGCCGAGUCGCCAACAGACAUGUUGUGAAGUUAGCUGGCCCAUUACAGUUAUUACAGUCGUGGAUCUUCUGGAGGUUUCCCACACUCAGACCAUCUGGGUAUGAUGAGAUCAGCUGGCCCCUUGCCUCGAGGUACCGUUAUUGUUUUGUACUAGAUAUUCUUCUUGUUAUUAUUUUGUAAUUAUGCCCUAUAUUCUUCUGUUUUCUUGUACGCAGAUGGUCUGGUUACAACCCUGGGAUUAGCAACAAGGGACCUCGGGUACAGAUGGCUCGCAUGAAGAUCGACUUGUUACAGC